GAAAAAUCUAAAAGUUAAAGUAAUUUGUUUAUAAUAAAAGUACCAGGCACCAUAAGCGAAAAAUUACGAGCAGUUCAACGAUCUGGCAAACGAAGAAAUCUGAAGCAUCAGGCGGCGGCACACAAGCAACAAGAAUAAUAACAAGAACAAGAGAAACAGCAGCAGUCCCCAAGAACCCAAGUUAGCCUGCAAUGUGCAGCUGCAGCGUAAGCGUACGAGAUGUCCCGGCUCGCUGAUUACUUUGUAAUUGUUGGCUACGAUAACGACAAAGAAAAAACUGCCGGCAAUGUUUGCGGCCAGCCAAUAUGCGGCAAAAUUGUGCAACGAUUUCCUGAGAAAGAUUGGCCCGACACGCCCUUCAUCGAGGGCAUCGAAUGGUUCUGUCAGCCACUCGGCUGGAAUUUAUCGUACGAGAAACAAGAGCCAAAAUUCUUCAUAUCAGUGCUGACCGACAUAGAUGCGAACAAGCAUUAUUGUGCGUGCCUCAGCUUCCAUGAGACGCUGGCCAUAACGCAAACACGCAGCGUGGAUGACGAGGAUGAGACAAUUGGCAACAACUGCAGCAGUAGCCGCGGACUGUUGGCCGCGGCGCCAGUUGAACCCAUUACGCAUCAUAGCAUUAUGUAUGCGCCCAAGUGUUUGGUGCUCAUAUCCCGAUUGGAUUGUGCCGAUACUUUUAAGAACUGUCUGGGUACCAUUUAUACGGUGUAUAUUGAGAACUUGCCAUAUGCGAUGGAGAAUCUGGUUGGCAACAUACUCGGCUGCAUACAGGUGCCGCCCGCGGGCGGGCCGCAGGUGCGCUUCUCAAUUGGCGCUGGUGAUAAGCAAUCACUGCAGCCACCGCAGAGCUCCUCGCUGCCGAUGACGGGCAGCGGUGUUUACUUUCUGUUCAAACAGCUGGGCAUUAAGAAUGUGCUGAUAUUGCUGUGCGCCGUGAUGACCGAAAACAAAAUACUCUUUCACUCCAAGUGCUAUUGGCAUUUGACGGACAGCUGCAGGGCAUUGGUUGCGCUCAUGUAUCCAUUUCGUUAUACGCAUGUCUAUAUACCCAUACUCCCGGCCCCACUCACCGAGGUGCUCUCAACGCCGACGCCAUUUAUCAUGGGCAUACAUAGUUCGCUGCAAACGGAAAUAACGGAUUUGCUCGAUGUGAUUGUGGUUGAUUUGGAUGGUGGCCUGGUAACUAUACCGGAUGCACUGACGCCACCGGUGCCCAUAUUUCCAUCACCGCUGUGGGAGCAAACGCAAGAUCUGCUCGGCAUGAUAUUAUUUCCCAAUUUGGCGCAAGCGGAUCUUGCAUUCCCCAAUAUCGAGCGACCAUCGUCGCUCGCGAAAACGGAGGCACACAUGGAUAAGGAGCUGCGUGCCAUAUUCAUGCGACUGUUCGCACAGCUGUUCCAGGGAUAUCGAUCUUGCCUGACCAUCAUUCGCAUUCACCCAAAGACCGUGAUCACAUUUCACAAGGCUGGCUUUCUUGGGGCACGCGAUCUCAUCGAGAGCGAGUUUCUGUUUCGCGUCCUCGACAGCAUGUUCUUCACCACGUUUGUGAAUGAGCGAGGACCGCCCUGGCGCGCCGCUGAUGCAUGGGAUGAGCUGUACAGCUCUAUGAACGAGCUGCUCAAAACGGAGGCCCAAAACCGGAAUCUCAUACUCACACAUAUCCAGGAGCUGGGUCGCACUCUGUACGAGAACGAGGCAUCCAAUGCACCAGCGACCUAUGCCCAGAAGGUGCUGCGACCGCCCGAUGGCGCAAUCCAGCGCAUCCAUCAGCCGGCAUUUCCGCGCAUCAACACUGAUAAGGUGGAGCUUAUCAUACAGGAUGGCAUACGCAAGAAUGGACAGUCACAGCGUUUUAAUGUCACCCGCAAUCAGCAUAGAAUUAUACCCAUGGGCCCCAGAUUGCCGGAGGCGCUAGACGUGCGUCCAACCACGGUACACAAUUCAGCGCGACGCCUGGAAGUUCUGCGCACCUGUGUGUCUUACAUAUUUGAAAAUCGCAUUGCGGAUGCACGCAAACUGUUGCCAGCUGUAAUGCGAACGCUGAAGCAUCGGGAUGCCCGGCUCAUCCUGUGCCGCGAGCUAUUUGGCUAUGUGCAUGGCAAUAAGGCGGUGCUCGAUCAUCAGCAAUUCGAUCUGGUUGUGCGCUUCAUGAACAAGGCGCUACAAAACGCCUCCGGUGUGGAUGAAUACACCGUUGCUGCUGCACUAUUGCCCAUGUCAACCAUAUUCUGUCGCAAGCUCUCAAUGGGCGUGGUGCAAUUUGCCUAUACGGAGAUCCAAGAUCAUGUCAUAUGGAAAAACCUGCAAUUCUGGGAGUCGACUUUCUUUCAGGAUGUCCAGGCGCAAAUUAAGGCUCUGUAUUUGCUACAGCGCCGCCAGAACGAACACAAUAAGGAGGCGAAUUUUGUGUUGGAUGAGGUGCCAUUGGAAGAGCCAACAGCAUUGGAAAUUACAGCGGAGCAAUUGCGCCAAAGUCCCACCAUCGAGGAGGAGAAAAAGACGGAGCUUGCCAAAUCGGAGGAGUCCACGCUGUAUAGCCAGGCCAUACACUUUGCCAAUCGCAUGGUCUCCCUGCUGAUACCGCUCGACGUCAACGUGGAUGCGGCCAGCAAGCCCAAGCAAGCCUUUCGGCUCGAGGAGAACCAGAGCGUUUCCAAUAGUAUUAUGGGCUCGCACAGCCUGAGCGAACAUUCCGAUGAAGGUUUCGAGGAGAACGAUGCCUUGGAGAUUGGCGUGACCGUUGGCAAGACAAUUUCACGUUUCAUUGAUUGCGUCUGCACCGAGGGCGGUGUCACUUCGGAGCAUAUACGCAACCUGCACGAUAUGGUGCCGGGUGUGGUGCACAUGCACGUUGAAUCCCUGGAGCCGGUUUAUUUGGAGGCCAAACGGCAUCCGCAUGUGCAGAAGCCAAAGAUACAAACGCCUUGCCUGCUGCCUGGCGAGGAGCUCGCCACCGAACAUUUACGUUGUUUUCUGAUGCCCGAUGGCAGAGAAGAUGACACCCAGUGCCUAAUCCCAGCCGAGGGUGCUUUAUUCUUGACCAACUAUCGCAUCGUAUUCAAGGGUUCGCCCUGCGAUCCACUGUUCUGCGAGCAGACGAUUGUGCGCGCCUUUCCCAUUGCCUCGUUGCUCAAGGAGAAGAAGAUAUCGAUGUUGUAUCUGGCCCAUUUGGAUCAGACGCUGCCAGAGGGUCUGCAACUGCGCUCCAGCUGCUUUCAGCUGCUCAAGAUUGCCUUUGACACGGAGGUGACGCUGGAACAAAUCGAAACGUUCCGCAAGACGCUGAACAAAGCUCGUCAUCCGUUCGAUGAAUUUGAGUAUUUUGCAUUUCAAUCCUAUGGCACUAUGUUGCAGGGCGUUGUGCCGCUCAAGACCAAGGAGAAAUAUUCCACACUCAAGGGAUUUGCGAAGAAGACGCUGCUCCGCACGGCGAAGCGAGCGGGCUUCAGACAGAAGGCACAAACCAAACGCAAAUUGGUACCCGAAUAUGAGUUGGGCAGCAGCAGUGCUGAUGCAUUGGAGACCCGUUCCAUUGACGACGAGCUCGAGGAUGCCGACGAGUUCGAGACACAGCAGAACGAGGCGCUGCCACGCCUACUAACCACCAAGGAUAUCGAGCGCAUGCGCGAACGCAGCUAUGUACGCGACUGGAAACGUCUCGGUUUCGAUGCGGACGCGCAGCUCGGCUUCCGGAUUAGCAAUGCGAACGCAAACUAUGCCACCUGCCGCACCUUGCCGGCCAUCAUUGUGGCACCGGUGCAGUGCAGCGAUGCGGCUAUGACCCACCUGGGACGCUGUUUUAAGGGCCAGCGAAUACCGCUGCCCACCUGGCGGCACAGCAACGGCUCACUGCUCAUACGGGGCGCACAGCCCAAUAGCAAGUCCGUGAUUGGCAUGAUUAAGAAUACAACGGGUGCCAAUACGAUGACACACAACGAUGUCACACAUUAUCCGGAGCAGGACAAGUAUUUCAUGGCGCUGAUCAAUACGAUGCCCAAACUGACGCAGCUGGACGCACUCAAUCAGUAUACGGGCAUGAAUCUCUCGAUGAGCUCGCUGCUGGGCCACGGUGUUGGCGAGGAUCAUCAUCAAUCUCUAACGCCAGAGCUGAUGCGCAAGCAAAGAUCCAACUUGACUGUGAGCGAUGGCAGUAAAUCCAAUGCGUCGGGCAACAAGGGCGGCACCAUGAAGGGCAAUGAAAGGAAUUUAGCGUCGCAUGCCUUCCGCAAGAUGCGGCUUUAUACGUUGGGUGAAAAGUCACAGGCCAAGUCCAACUUGAAUGGUGACUUCUGUGCGGAUUUUAUACCCGUAGACUAUCCGGACAUCCGGCAAUCCCGAUCGGCCUUCAAGAAGCUAAUACGCGCUUGCAUGCCGUCGCAUAAUGCAAACGAUGCGGAUGGCCAAAGCUUUGCCAAGAUGGUCGAGCAAUCCGAUUGGCUGCAGCAGAUCUCAACGUUGCUGCAGCUAUCGGGCGCUGUGGUGGAUCUGAUUGAUUUGCAGGAGAGCAGCGUGAUGUUGUCGCUAGAGGAUGGCUCCGAUGUGACCGCACAGCUUUCGGCCAUAGCUCAGCUCUGCCUUGAUCCCUAUUAUCGUAGCCUGGAUGGCUUUCGUGUGCUCGUCGAAAAGGAGUGGCUGGCAUUUGGGCAUCGAUUUGCUCAUCGCAGCAAUCUGAAGCCGUCGCAUGCGAGCACAAAUAUCGCAUUUGCGCCCACAUUUCUCCAGUUUCUUGAUGUUGUCUACCAGCUGCAGCUACAGUUUCCGAUGGGCUUCGAGUUUAAUGAUUUCUAUUUACGAUUUCUGGCCUACCAUGUGGUGUCGUGUCGCUUUCGCACUUUCCUCUUCGAUUGCGAGCUGGAGCGCUACGAUUCCGGCAUCGCUUCCAUGGAGGACAAACGUGGCUCGUUGAGCACCAAGAAUAUGUUCGGUGGCAGCGCCGCCAAUGGCUCGGAUGAUGAGUGCAAUGUUUAUCCGCUGGACCUGCGUAGUCCGCGCACGCCCACACAACUGAAUCGCAUCGGUCACUCCAUUUUUGACUAUAUCGAGCGACAGCAUAAUAAGUCGCCAAUUUUCUACAACUUUCUCUAUUCCUCCAGCAAAGAUGAGGUGUUGCGUCCGCAGCAUAGUGUCGCGGCACUGGACUUGUGGGGAUUUUACACCAAUGAGGAGCUGGCACAGGGACCACCCUAUGACCUGGAGGUGACCAAUGUGGAUGACGAAAUCGAUGUAUCCGAAAAUAAGGGCAAGCGCAUGGUAAUCAGCGCCGGCUAUGACAGCAUUGAGAAAUGCAAUCCCAACGCCUAUGUGUGCCUGCUCAGCGAGGUGAAGCAGGCGGAAACGGAACGCGGCCAUCUGCCACAGAAGUGGCAGCAAGUGUGGAACAAUCUUGUGGUACCACAACUGGAGCCCAUGUCGCGUAAGACCUCGCUCAGCAGCAUGCUGGUGCAAACGCAUCAGCACAAACGCUCCACGCUCGAGAUCAUCAUGAAGGGACGCUUAGCGGGCUAUCAGGAUAAAUUCUUUCAUCCGCAUCGCUUUGAGAAGCAUCCGUACACGACACCCACCAAUUGCAAUCAUUGUACGAAGCUGCUCUGGGGACCCGUCGGCUAUCGUUGCAUGGACUGCGGCAAUUCGUAUCAUGAAAAGUGUACCGAACUCUCCAUGAAAAACUGCACCAAGUACAAGGCCAUAGAUGGCACCGUCGGUCCACCAAAUGUUAAUAUGUCGCAGGGUGACACAGCCAGCAUUGCAUCCAGUGCAGCUACCACAGCACGCACCUCCAGCCAUCAUUUUUAUAAUCAGUUCAGCAGCAAUGUUGCCGAGAAUCGGACACACGAGGGGCACCUUUAUAAACGUGGCGCAUUGCUCAAGGGCUGGAAACAGCGCUGGUUUGUUCUGGACUCGAUUAAGCAUCAGCUGCGCUACUAUGACACAUCCGAUGAUACAGCACCCAAGGGCAUAAUAGAGCUGGCUGAAGUGCAAUCGGUGACUGCAGCACAACCCGCACAAAUUGGCACAAAACGCGUGGAUGAAAAGGGUUUCUUCGAUCUGAAAACAUCGAAGCGCACCUACAACUUUUAUGCAAUGAAUGCUAAUCUGGCCCAGGAGUGGACUGAAAAGCUGCAGGCCUGUUUGCAAUAGAACCAGAAUCAUCACAGCAACUUACACAGUUUGUUAUUAAAUCCUGACACUCUUAAGUACUCCUCUUUCGUGGCUUUUGUAUAGGCAUUUGCUCUAUGCUAUAUUCGUGUUUUGCUCCCUUAAAUUUAUAUAUAUAUAUAUAUAUAUAUAUAUAUAUAUACAUAUGUAUAUUUAUACAAUAUGCUGAAUGUUUUGUUUUGUUGUAGGACAAUCCAAUUAACGUUAUAAUUAUUAUUAUUAAUGUAUCUUUUUACAUGUGAGAGAGUAUUUAUUUGUCAGCGCGUGUAUUACUCUGGAUCUGUAGUAACUCUGUGUGUAUUAUUUAUAACCGAAAUAUUUUUACAUAUAUAAGUUGAAUUAGUGUCAAAAGUUGUUUAUUAACACUCGCAUAAUGCAUAAAUUACAUGAAUAUUUAGCAACAAUUAACGUAGGCGACAAAAGCUAAACAAAAUAUAUAGUAAAGAUAAAGAGAAAAUAUCUACAAAAAUCGUGCUGUAAAUGUGAAAAUAUAAAGGAGGAAACUAUAAUUUCAUGUGAUUAUACGUAUAUUGCUGACAGGAUUGAAAUAAGAAAAGUAAUGGAAAGGAAGCCACGAUAGCAACUUUUUAUAUACAU